AUAGCUAGGGUUUGUGGCGAUGGCGCGGAGCCAUGCAGCGGUGCAAGGGUGAGGAGUUCGCAGCGCAUUGCAUGGAAUCUAGCUCCCGCGAGCGCCCGGGAGUAUGAAUCGGUGGAAUAGAUCGAGGUAGCGGAGUGGCAGCGGCGAUGGAGCUCCAAAUGCAGCUCGUUCAAGCAGUCCAUGUCCUGAAUCACGACAUGCUGUCUUGCAACAGAGUCGCUGCGAAUCAAUGGCUCGUCCAGUUCCAGCAGACGGACGCUGCCUGGCAGGUCGCCACGGGAAUUCUCACAGCGGAGGCGCUUAACAUCCACGAUUUCGAGGUGGAAUUGUUUGCCGCACAGAUUCUCAAGAGAAAGAUUCACAGUGACAUUGGGACGCUGUUGCCUGAUGGGAGGCGCGCAUUGCAAAAUGCGCUGCUUGUGUCGGCAACCAAGCACAGCUCGGGACCCUCGCAGCUGCUGACUCAAAUUUGCCUUGCGCUAUCUGCGCUGAUUUUUCGAUCGCCAGAGGCUCGGAGUCUCAUACAGCAGCUGUUUGGUCGCUUGUAUGAGUUGCAAUGCCAAGGCAGCGGGAGCCAUGCUGUGCUGGAGCUUCUUACAGUGCUUCCAGAGGAAGUCACGGAGGAAAAGACUAUCGUUGCCAACGUUAAUUCAGAUCACAGGAGGCAAUUCAGUGACGAGCUACUUUCGCAUUCUUCUUCUGUUCUGAAGUUCUUGGUACAUCUCACUGAGAAUGAAGCGCAUUUUUACACUGUGCGCAUUGGGUGUUUAUUGGAAAUUGAUCAGCUUGCAGUUCCUAGCCAUCCUCUUAUUGCUUUUGCAUUUGCUUGCCUCCAGGUUCGUGAAUCCUUUUCGGUUGCCAUUGAGGUUCUUGCGGAGCUUAUUAAUCGGCACGAGGUUAUACCGCCAGCGGUUGUGCUGCAGAUGAUCGUAGUGAAAGAUACGUUGCUUUUGCCGGCCCUUGGAACUGGUAACGAAGUUGUUGUCAAAGGCCUCUGCUGGUUGAUGGCCGAGCUCGGGCAAUCUGCACCAGGAUUGUUUGCACGAGGAACACCUGAUGUUUUGUCUCUUGAGGAGGCGAUGUUGGGAUGUACUCGGUUUCAAAGCUCAAAUUGGGAGGUAGCUGAAACAAGCCUUCCGUUCUGGUCCGCUCUUGGUGAUUAUUUGAUUAACCUGGGUUUUGAGAAACAAAGCGGCUUGAGGGCAUAUAUUCCGCUCUAUAUUUCUUUAUUAGACGCGCUUGUUUUGCGAGUUCAGGUCGGUCCGAAAUCAUAUAAUGAAGAUGAUAUUGAUGGGAGUACUGGCUUGCCCGACAGUUUAGCACAAUUUCGAAUAAAUCUGGAGGAAACAACAACGACUGUUUGCCGACUCCUAGGACCAACUCAGUACGUAACUCAGCUUCUCAGUCAGAUUACUUUAGAACUCCCAGUUUUGUGGCAAGUUAUAGAGGCACAAUUCUUUUUGCUCUAUGCUGCCUCCGAAGCUAUUUUGGACGGACCAGCAUUGGAUCUUUCCAGCCUUGUAAAUGUUUUCCUAGCCAUAAGUGAGGAAAGGCCGGAGACGGUAGCUGGAUAG